GCAAGUGGCGGAGCACUUGUCUAGCAUGUAUGAGUCCUUGAGUUUGAUCCUCAGCAUCACAUAAAAAUAAAUAAAGGUUAAAUUACUUUUAAAAACACAUGAAAUGUAAUCAACCUGUUUUUAGACGUAGAUAGCUUAGUGGUGUUGAGUAUGUCCAAGCUGUUGUGCAGCUGAUUUCCUGAACUGUUUCUUCUUGCAAAGCUAAAGCUACUCCAUUAACUCCCAAAGAGACUGGUCCAUCUCUGGAGUUUUCCAUUUCUUAUUUCUGAGAGUAUCCACUGCCUGUAAUCUCCUGCUCCCCCCAGUGCCUGCCUGUGGAACUGCAUCUAUAAAGGCAGCCCACCUGGUAUCAAGACAAACCAGAAGGUAGAACACAGUCACCUUCUCCUUUCUGUCUCCAGGGAGGAGCUGGAUGGAAUUGGGAGUUUAUGCCUGUCGGGGAGAAAGGUAAAGACCAGGAAAAUACUCUGCACUGGCUGAGUACUACAGUCUCCUGAUUUCUAGAAUUCUCAAAAUGGUACUUUGGUGGGAUAUAUCUCCCUAGGGGAACAAGGGCCUAGAACUUCUAGUCAGCCUCCUUGCUGCCGUAUGAUGAGGUGCCGGGUCUCACCACAGUGACAGAGGGCCUGUCAGUACUCAGCACAUUUUACCCUAUGACAGGUAUCCCACUGUGGUUCCAGGUUGGGAGGAGGGGUAUUUUUCUAAAGUAAUAAAUUCUAGGGAAUUUCUAUACUGGCCAUUAACAAAAUAUCCUGCAAAAACAGUGGAGAGCUAGAGUUGGGAGUGUGGACGUGGAUCCUAAUGCUGUAUUGUGAUUUUAACCUCACUAUGUGAUGUCUCCUCUGCCUUGGGGACAUAAAACCACCUCCCUGUGGUGGCUGAGGAAGAAUAAUGAGUUGGAGCAUGUGGAUUGUGACCAGCAGGGCCUGGCACAUAAGUGCCAAUCAUUGGAAAGCAUGGACCUCCUUACUGCAGGGUUUUGUCAUGGCUGCCGCAUCUUGAACCACAGGCCUCUGCCACGAGGAGGACGCAGCCUGAACUACAGACAAGCCUGUCAUUGCCCUUUGUACCCUCAUUAGGAUGACUGCUUGAAGGAAGGCUUGACACCAAGAAGCAAGGGAUAGACAAAGGCUACCAUGUGACAAACAUUCAAACCAUCCUGCCAGUCUGCCAUGCUUCUCUGACAGUUACGGGAAGGAAAUUGCCAACUAGGCAGAAACCCUCAGCUAAGCCAAAUGGGAGGCCACAGACCGGACCUGAGAAGUCCCCUGGGUGUAAGUGGAUCUUGCCUUCCUGGUCGGUUGAGAAGCCUCAAAACUGGUCUCCACUGAGGCCAAAUUUGCAAAGCCUCAGACUCUAGCCACCUUCCUCCUGCUGCCCCUCACCCACUCACACAGGACUUCCCAGUGGCACUUUAGCCCCACAGCCAGGUUGCCUUGGUCUGAAGGUUGCCAGUCAGUCCCUUCAUCUCUGCCAACAAUGUCCCCCAUGUCCCUCAAAGAACUGCUGGCAUGGCAUUCAGCUGUCUGAUCUUUCUGUGCCUCUUCUUGAAUGUGGACUUUGGAGAGGACACACUGAAAUUUCCAAGAUCCACAUGUGAUCCAUGCGCCAGUACCCAGCCCUUCAGGACCAGCAAGUCCAGCUUAUGUGGCACCUCUCCACUGGCUGUCACCUGGAGAGGGCUAGGAGAGGCAAGGACCUGUGCAGCUGCCCCUGCAUCUGUCCUGCCCUGGCUCCUCCCUGCACUCUCUGCCUGCACAGUCAUCAGAGCAGCCUGGCUCCCAGCAGAGGACACAGGGCAGCCUCAGCUCCUUUAUAAGGGAAAGGCCCUGACUGAGCACUUAGGGAGAUGACAGGUCCUGGAUGGUCCCAGGUGCCUGGAGUGACAAGGGACACUAGGUGUUCUCAAAUCCAGUGGACAGCAGGAAAUGAUGGGGCUGCUCACGGGGCCCUUGUGUGUGGCCGUGGCCGUUUUCCUGCUCCUGGUGGACCUGAUGCACCGGCGCCAACUCUGGGCUGCACACUACCCGCCAGGCCCCCUGCCACAGCCCGGGCUGGGCAACCUGCUGCAGAUUGACUUCCAGAACAUGCCAUACCCUCGGUACAAGGUGGUCCUGGCAACUUAUGGACCUGCCUGGCGCAAGCAGCAGCACUUCUCCAUGUCCACCAUGCACAACUUCGGCCUGGGAAAGAAGUCCCUGGAGCAAUGGGUGAUCGAGGAGGUGCCUCUGUACAGCCUUUGCCAACAAGGUGAUGGGCUGAGGAUGAGAUGGGCAGGGGCCACACUGACUGGCUGCCCCCUCCCAGGAUGCCCAUUUAGCCCAGGACCCUGCUGAACAGAGCAGUGUGCAAUGUGAUCUCCUCCCUCAUCUACGCCCACCACUUUGAGAAUCAUGACCAGCGCUUGGCCAAGAUACUGGGCCUUCUGGAGGACACCCUGAAGGAGGAGUCUGGCUUUAUGCCAGAGGUGCUGGGCUCAGGGGAGUCUGUUCAGGGUCACCUUCAUGCCGUUGGGCCUCCAAGGAGGAAGAUUAGCAUGCAGGGAUGAUAGGAAAGGGCAUUCUGGAGAGGACACUGUAAGAGGGAAGGCCUGGAGGUGAGCACAUCUCAAACAGUAGCAGGACAGGUGGGCCAGGGUCAGAGGGCUCCAGGAGAGAAAAAUGAGCCCGUGCCCGCUGUCCAGCUAACACACAAGCUGGAGAUUCCCAUGGUGGGCUGCUCCUUCCGGCAGCCCAGGCCAGCAGAGAGCUUGGAGGCUGGCUCUGGGGAGGGAGCUGGUCACUGGGUGGGACAGGCAGGCCUGGGUCCACCCUGGAGGAGGCUGGGACCUGAGUGUGGACCAGGAGAGUGAGGAGCACAGGAGGGACCCAGGUCCCCUCUGUGGC